UCCAGAGAGAGUUGAAGUUAGAGAUGGCGGCCUAUGCAGCUCUACUUUCUCUCAAGUAUAUCAUCCAACAGAUUCAACUUCAUCCUUGCCCUCCGAUUUCUCUUCACCAAAACCAGGUGCAUUCUCUCACCGACAACCUCAAUUUCCUGCAAGAUUUUCUUGAAGGUUACUCCUUCGGCGGCGGCAGCAGCAAAGAAGCAGCAUAUGUCUUGGAAAGCAGCAUUGCAGAUGCAGCUCAUGCGGCGGAAGAUAUAAUCGAAACCCGAAUUGUUGAUCAAAUUCAUGGCGAAAAAGUGAGUUCCGAUGAGUUGUAUCAAGAGCUAGAGAAGGUGAUCCAAGACAUGGGUUUAAUCAAGAAAGAAUUGAUGGAGAAUAAAGAGAAGAAUAUUGGAAUAAUCGAAGAUCAUCUGAACAUAAAUUCUCCCACGCUUGGUGGUUCAUCAAGUUCUCCUUCAACGAGGCGGGACGCAGUGGUUGGUCUUGAUGAUCUCUUAAAUGAAGUAAUGGAUAAGCUCACCGGAGAACCAUCUAAUCGCCGGAUCAUCCCGAUUGUUGGCAUGGGCGGCAUUGGUAAGACUACUCUUGCAAGAAAUGCUUACGUUAAGUUUAUGAAGCACUUUGAUAUUCGAGCUUGGGUUACAAUAUCUCAAAACUACAAUGUGCGAGAAAUUCUUGUAGAAAUUCUUCUUUGUAUAAACAAAGCUGAGAGCCGAGAAACCUUGAAUGCGAAGAGUGAAGGCGAAUUAGGUGUCAGAGUACACCAAAGUUUAUGGGGAAUGAGAUAUUUGAUUGUAAUGGAUGAUAUUUGGAGUGUUGAGGUAUGGGAUAAAGUGAAUCUCUUCUUUCCAGACAAUGGUGAAAGAAGCAGAAUAAUGAUAACCACUAGGCUAUCAAACGUUGCUUCGAUUGGCUCUGGUGGCGUUGUGAUGGAUUUCUUAAAUGAGGAUAAGAGUUGGGAUCUACUGUGCAGAUAUGUAUUUGAAGAAGAAGACGAUUGCCCUCCUGAAUUGGAGGAAAUAGGAAAGAAGAUUGCGAAAAAUUGCAAAGGACUUCCUUUGUCGAUCGUUGUGAUUGGAGGACUCCUAGCAAAGUCCAAGCCCACAAGAGAAUAUUGGGAAUAUAUUUCAGAAAACUUAAACUCAAUUGUAAACUUAGAAGACAAUGAGCGUUGUUUAAAAGUAUUGCUUUUGAGUUAUCACCAUUUGCCGGUAUAUCUGAAGCCAUGCUUUCUGUAUAUGGGAGUUUUUCCUGAAGACAGUAAAAUCCAUGUCUCCUGGCUCGUGAAACUAUGGGUGUCUGAAGGAUUUUUGAAACCAAUUAAUGGGAAAAGCUUGGAAGUGGUUUCGAGAGAGUAUUUAGAGGAUCUUUGUGACAGAAAUCUCAUUAGAGUUCAUCAAAGGGCUUAAAGGGAGAAUAAAAUAUUGCACCAUCCAUGAUCUCGUGAGGGAAUUAUGCUUAAGAGAAGCAGAGAAAGAGAAGUUCCUUUACGUCAGAAUACCGCAUGACCUUAACAAUGUUCCACAAGGCGUAAUAAAUACCCAACGCCGCAUUGGUAUUCAUCAAAGCACAUCGGAGCCUGAAGCUCUCUAUGCGUUGCAAUCUAUGCCUCUUGUUCGUUCUUUGUUUUGUGAAUGUAAGGGAGUUUUACCAACACUUGAUUUUAGAUUGUUGAGGGUGCUGAAAACUGUUGAUAAGCAUUUACAUUCCGAGGAGAAAAGACAAUACAAAUAUCCCAUAGAAGUUGUCUUUCGGCUAUUUAACUCGAGGUUCAUUGCUAUCCGGGUUGACUGGCGUCAAAAUCCCCAGUUUCCUUCUUCGGUCAAUCUCCUUUGGAAUCUACAGACUUUAAUUGUAAAGGAUACCGUUGGCGCUGUUGCACCAUCUGAAAUUUGGAAGAUGACUCAACUUAGGCAUGUUGAGUUCGAUGGACUUGAGCUGCCUGAUCCUCCUCUCGGUGGGCAAGAUGGCGAGUUUAUUUUGGGGAACUUACAGACGCUCUCGGUAAUAACAAGUUUCAAAUGUGGAGAAGAGGUGGUUACGAGGAUCCCCAACAUCGAGAAAUUAAAAAUAUGUUAUGAUAAGGAAUUUGAGGGAUGUUCAAGUUACGGUCUCGACAAUCUUUGUCGUCUACGUAAACUUGAAUCCUUCUGCUGCUCCUUUUUGUCCCAAAGUGUGCCAAACCGGGACGAUUUGCUGCAUAAUUUCAUCCUCCCAAAUUCCCUCAAGAAGUUGACUUUGUGGGGGACCAAAUUCUACUGGGAAGACAUGAAGACAAAGAUAGGUUUGUUGCCCAAUCUUCAAGUCCUCAAACUGAGUGCAGAUGCCUUUGUAGGGACCGAGUGGGAAACGGUUGAAGGGCAAUUCUGUAACCUUAGAUACUUACUAAUCAACAUGUGUAGUGACCUGGAAUGGUGGACGACAGAUAGCUCCCACUUUCCACGCCUUGAGCAUCUUGUCCUUCAACGAUUAGAUAAGUUGAAGGAGAUCCCUUCAGGUAUUGGAGAAAUACCAACUCUUCAAUCGAUUGUGUUGAAUAUGUGUCACGACGAUGCCGCCAUUUCUGCUAAAAGAAUAUGCGAUGAUCAAGAGGAUCUUGGCCUUCGAGUUCGAGUUGUCGCGCAGAAUCGACACUUUGAGAGCCUGGCUGGUCCCAACUUUCAAGUUGAAACUUGGUGAGAACUCAAUCUUCGUAACUUGAUUCUUUUGCUACUUUUGUUGUUUUAUUUUACUUUUGAUUGUUUUCUCUAACGUUGUACCGCCUUACAGCAAUAUACUCUGACACCUACACACGGAGCAUAAAUCGAAGAAUGGAGGUCCGAGAGCCGAUUGCUUGUCGCGUUAUUGAAAUUAAAUUGAAAAUUUGGUAUGUUGGAAUUUACAAUUCAUUGUUUCUUCUUGAGAGGCGUUUUAAUGUUGAAGAUACCUUCUUUCGUCAUUAGUUUGGCGGAAGAGUUAUAUCCUCCGGUUAAUUUAUUGGAAGCAUUUGUGUGAGCUUUGUAAACAAUUUCUACUUUGGUAUUCUUUCAUGCAAUUUCUUUUUGGUCCGUCGGAGGAAUUUGGAGUUUCUUCAAAUGUUCGUGUAAUAUUAUCAUAUGUAAAUAAAUUGAGUCGAGACUCGAGUAUUGUAAUAUUUUGCCUUUAUUUAAAUCUUUGA